GAUUCUACCCUUUCUAACGACGUAUAGAAUGUCUGUAAUGAUGAAAGUUGAAGCGGGUUAUGUCUCCGUAGUGGAAACAUAUCGUCAACAAACCCAAUCGCCCACCGGUGGGCGAUUGGGUCUUAAGAGGUUAAAGAACACAUCACAGCAGAAAAGCUCCAUAAAUGUCACACCAUUGCCAAUAAAAGCAAAAGGAAGCAAGUACAACAAGAAGCAAUUUUGUCUUUAUUGUAAAAAGGCCAUUUCUAAAUUGGCAAGACAUUUUGAAUCCGUCCACAGUGAAGAGCCUGAUGUUGCAAUGGCUUUCAGUUUUGAUAAAAGAUCCCGCAAAAGAAGCGAGUUGUUACGCUCUAUUAAGAAGAGAGGAAACUUUGACCAUAAUGCUGAAGUGGCAAGCUGUGGCACUGGAGAGAUGGUUGCUUGUAGAAGACCCAGUACUGCAAAACAAUCUGAUGACUUCCGUCACUGCAAAUUUUGCGAAGGACUGUAUGCAAGAAACUCUUUAUGGAGACAUGUGAGAAACUGCCCGAAAAAGUCUGUUGAGGAAGAGCCUCAAGUUGGCCGAAAAUGGAUUCAAAUGCACUUACCAAGACCUGACUCAGUUAAGGAAACUGUUUGGAAGAUUGCUUGUGAAAUGAACCAGGAUGACGUUUCUUCGGUUGUAAGGAGUGUAACUGUAAUCCUUUGUAUCGGCGAGUCACUGUUCAAUUCCAGGAAACCGUAUGAAAGAAGGAAUGACUACAUACGCCAACAAAUGAGAGAGAUGGCAAGACUAUUGAUAACGGCAAGAGCUAUAACACCUUUGAAGAGCACCGAAGACCUUGUUAUGCCUUGUAACUUUCCACAUGUGAUACAGGCAGUUAGAUCUGUUGCUGGUUAUGAUGUCGAAAGCAACUCGUAUAAAAUCCCAUCAUUGGCUUUGAAAUUGGGACACAGUUUAGCCAAAGUUGCAGGCAUUGUGCAAUGCAAUGCCAUCAUUGCAAAUCGCCCUGCCGUUGCAGAGUCUGCAAAGCAAUUUGCCACUCUACAUCAGAAAAAGUGGACAGAGUCCAUUUCUGCUGCCGCAUUGGGAACACUUCAACAAGCCAAAUGGAAUAAACCACAGGUUUUACCCUUUACAGAGGAUGUGUCGGUGCUGCACAAGUUUCUUGCUGCUGAGCGUGUUAAGCGCAUGAAGGACCUUGAGGAAGAACCCAACAGCAAAAGCUUUGGAAAUCUUGCUAAAGUGACUUUGACGCAGGUAGUACUAUUUAACAGAACGCGGGAAGGUGAAGUUUAAAAAAUGGAGCUUCAGACAUUCACAUCCAGGGAUCGUACAGAGCUGAAUCCAGAACCCUAAUCCUAUCGGCUUCCAGAGAGUACCCUUCAGCUCGCAAAAGUCAGCAAACUCCUGAUAUCACUCGAAAAAGAAGACUGCCUUACCUGCAGGGGAAAGGGCUGGAUGACAUUGAGGUCAAUCCUGAAGAUGAAGUAGAAAUGAGUGAUGAUUCCAGCGAAGAAAACGUUGCUGACCUACAUCAAUCAUCUGACUUGUAUAUAUGCGGCCCAAUAACUGAGACUGCCAGGGACCAGACACUUCUGAGGCAUACUCCUGAGUCAACCAGCCUGGACAACAUGGAGGGCACUUCCGAGUCAACCAGCCUGGACAACAUGGAGGGCACUUCCGAGUCAACCAGCCUGGACAACAUGGAGGGCACUUCCGAGUCAACCACCCUGGACAACAUGGAGGGCACUUCCGAGUCAACCACCCUGGACAAUAUGGAGGGCACAUCUGAGUCAACCAGCCUGGACAAUAUGGAGGGCACUUCCGAGUCAACCACCCUGGACAACAUGGAGGGCACUCCUGAAUCAACCACCUUGGAUGAUGUAAACAUGAGUCACAAAAUUGUCACAUCCCAAGCUUCUUCAAAGGGCUCCAAAAGAAAGCAAGCUGUGAAGGUGAGAAGCAAGUGGACGGGUGAGGAAGAGAAGGCUGUUGAGCGGCAUUUGCUUAACUUCAUUACAAGCUGCAGAAUACCUGGUAAAAAGGACUGUGACUCCUGCCUCCAGGCAGAGCCAGUAGCUCUGAAAGACCGAGACUGGGUUGCCAUCAGGUACUACGUACACAACAGAAACGUAGCAUUAAAAAGGAAGAUGACUAGGUAGAUCCAUUCCAAUUGAUCUUGUUUUUUGCUUGUAUUUUUUUUGCUGGCACUCAAUAAAAGUAAGAAAUGCAAAAAGUGUUCCGCCUUUUUUUAUUACGUGAAUAUUUGCUACAAAUUUUUAUAUAUUGUCACAAAUAACAAUAAUACGACUUUGUUAUUAUUUUGUUAUUAUUAAAAAGAGAAUAUAUUAUAUUUAAGAGCUAUUUGAACAUGGAUAGUCCUUUCUGUUGAAGGUUACCCGGGCUGUCUGGGGUUUUGACAUUUCUACAUAUAUAACCGGACCCCAGUUAAAAUACAGAUCCUAUUUUGUGUAUUCUAGGGUCUUUAUAAUUCACAUUAACCUGAAAAUAGAGUGUGUGUGUGUAUGGGCUGGUUGCUAUGGGCCUUAUAAGUCACAUAAACCCGAAAAGGUCCUCAUAUGUAGCAUUAAAAUCAGGUCUGAACAAAAAUAUAGCCCUAGCCUAAAUCUGAAUAGAUGGUUGCAUUCCUAGAAUCAAGGAAUGGAAAUAUUCUGAUUCCCAGGUCUCUUGGACCUUAGGAAAGGCAUGUCCCAAUUUGUCACAUUUUUUUCAUAAGUCCUGAUAUAGUCUAUAAACGCGUAUGUGUGUGUGUGUGU